AUGCGUCAAGACACGCGACCAUUUCCAGAGGUAGCCCAAGGUCACAAGUAAGUCGGUGCCAAAGAAGGGCAAAGUCAAUUAAAACUCGCUGGGAUCGCUCUGAGACUGUAAAAAACACCAAAAACGUGCAAUAAGUAUUACAUAGGGACCAUAAGGACGCACUAAACUUUCCACACAAACCCUUAUAAUUUAUUCUACACAACCAGCGAUGCUCGGGUGAACUAUGGUACUGGCUGUUAGUACAUGCGUCUGAGUAAACUGCGACUUCCGAAGUUUCGCAAUCUACAGUUGAGGUCGACGCCCAAAAUGUCUGUAGUUUUUUAAGCGGGCAUUGCCAACGGAUUAUAUUUAAAAUGCCAAACAACAAUCAACAAAUUGAUUUAUUGAUGAUAAAGUAAAGUCAUAACAUUGCCCUAGUGUUGUGAGUCUACGAGCUUCAGCUAAGAGGGAUAAUAUAUCACGAUAAAGACAAUCAUUUAUCUUUCCGUGUUCGGGAACUUCUGCCAACGCAGCAGGCGCCGAUAAUCAUCUUAUUACAGGCCGAGCGUCCUCGAGAAUUUUCCUUCGCCCUAAAAAAACUGGCGCCUGCCCCAGUACGCAGAAUAGGAAUCUUCCAGUUAACGUGUUUAUAUAUUCAUUGAAAUCACCAGAUGCAUCGCUCAAAACACAGAGAUGGAGAUAACUGCAGUAGGGCAAAGUGCGGCUAGUUUAUGGGAUCAGGAUCUAACAGACAUCUUAAGCAUUCUGGGCGAUGAAAACAACCCAAUCUCUUCCAGCUUAUCAGAGAACGAUCUGCUCAGUAUCCUUGAUGAAGGUGAUGGCCAGCUGUUUUCUCCCUCACAAUUUACUGGUGAACUGGAGCUAAGAACACUACAAGAUGCCCCAAGUAUUCACAACACACCCUCUGAUCAAACAAAAGUGAAAAAUCAGCCUGACAUGCAGUUUCAGAGAACCCUCAGUCUGGGAACCAAGAUGGAAUCGUAUGACUCUGUGCUGCUCGAAAACGAGCAAGUGGGGAUUGAACAAGCCUUUUCAGGCCAAGAUACAGCUACUGUCCAAAACGGUGGCACUGAGAAUUCAACAGGAGCAACCCCGCGUGGUGUAAAACGCCCCGUAGAUAAUAAGUAUAGAGAAGUAGAGAGUACUAAGAAAGAGACAACUGGGGGCAAUACUCAUGCUAGGAAAAAGCUAAGAAAUCCUACUCAAUCAACAAACAACUUAUUUAGGAUCCUUGGCUUGAUCCUGCAAGCCUUUAAAAGUCCGCUGACAAGCGAUCUCGAGGAACAUUAUAUACGUGUGCUUAAUAGAGCGCUUUUUGAGAUCCGCAAUGCCCAUGAUCAAUUUUUGCAGCAAUCUCAGGGUAACACUUAA